AUGCCUCCACUCACCAAGAGAAGAAGUGUGAAGCGUAGUCCAGCUCCCCUCGAGACGAAAUCGCCGGAGGGGACGCAAAAGACGGAGAAUCCGCCUCUUGAGAUUCAUUCGCUGAUGCUACGUCUGUCCCAGUCUGAAUUGAGAUGCGUCACUGAAAUUCAAGGCAUCGAGUCUACCUUGGUCUCUGAAACCGAUCUCAAACGAUUCUUCGAUCCCAUUCGGGAGCUCUCCGACUCGGAGGAGCGUACCUCUCUCCAAUUGUUUGUUUCUCCAGAAAGCUCGCUCCCCGCGGUGAGCCAGGACAGCGUCUGCCGCCUUUUAAUGCGCGUGCAGCCCAUCCAGCCGCUCCUCGUGUCCUUUUUGCUCAGCAAGCUCACGGAGCACUCCGACGAAGAAAUCGCGCCAAAUUAUUCUUCGUCGUCUUCUUCGUCUUCGUCUUCGUCAAAUUCCCUCCUCAACGCCCUCCUCAACCAGCUUCGCUGGACCGACUUCCUCGCCGACGCCUCUGCCCUCGUUUCCGGGCUCCUCGAAACGCUCGCGAUCUGCUCGCCUUCCCUCCAGCGGGAACUGAUUCUUUUACUGCCGGAUUUGACGCACGACGACCUGCAGGAAACCUGUGUGCGGGAGUUAUUUUCGUUUCUUCGCUCGGAUGCUUCGCUCUGCGCGCCAAUUUUGACCGCGCUCGAGAAUCUUCGCCUUACCGCCAAACAGUUCGCCGAGAACCUGCCCAUAAUCGCGGGAACCCUCUCCACGGUUUCCCUCGCCGACCUUCCUGUUUUGAUUCGUUUUCUGCUGCGCACGAGUCCGAUAACCGCGGGGACGAAGAACUCGGAGGAAAUCGAUUCGGUUUUCCGCACGAUCCGCAGCACGUGCCAUCCCGCCCAUUGGACAGGUUUUCCCGCCCAUUUUCCCUCCCUCGCAGACGACCCGCACGUGGGUUCCGCCGUGUUCGAAGAACUUCGCAGCUGCUUCCAGCAGCGGCCCGACCUCGCGCGGGCGUUUCUCCGGUUUCUCCAGAAAACCGCGGUGGAGGAGCUGGUCCCGCUGGACGUCUGGGUUUUGCUCGUGCUGUGGCGGGAAAACCUCCAGACCUACCAGGCCGAGCGGUUCCUGUCCCGCGGUUUUGCGCGGCUCCCCGGGAAGAGCGCGAUCUUCGCCCAGGCAAUCGCGGGACAGCGGCUGGCGCUGCUCCCCGCGUUUAAAAGCCUGCUGCAGUAG